AUGAAGCCAACUUCAGACGUCUGCACGCGCUGCUUUGCGCCAAUUCCACGCCUGUUGCUGUGUGUGCUUGCCGCUCUUUUUGCCGCGCUCGCGUCGGCGCCAACAGGUGCCAACGCCUUUUACAUCCCCGGCGUGCAGCCGCGGUACUACGCCAAGGGUGAGAGGGUGCCUUUCAUGGUGAACUCCGUCCGCUCCCUGCGGGAGUUGUUCCCACAGGAGUACUACAAGCUCCCGUUCUGUGCGCCGUCAACUAUUUCGACAAAGGCGGAGGCGAUCGGUGAAGUGAUUUGGGGCGACCGCAUGCAGAAUUCCCUUUACGUGGCAGAGAUGAGGGAAAACUGGACUUGCGUCAAGCUCCCCGGCUGUAAUGUAGCAGAUAACAACAAGGAAAUCAAGAAGAAUAUUAAAAUGCUGGAGACUUACAUCGAGGAUGGAUACCGUGGCUUUAUGAACAUCGACAAUCUCCCCGUGUUUGGUGACGCGCAAACGCCGCUGUUCUCUAGUUGCAGCUCUGUGAGGAAAGAUAUGCAGUACAACUACUAUCGCGGAUACGCCCUCGGUGUGCCGCGCGCGUGCUCUGGCAAGACGCUCAUCAACAACCACCUAGAUUUUACCAUCAAAUACAAUGCCGCGCCAGGGAAUGGAGAUAUGUUCAUGGUUGUUGGCCUCCAGGCCACACCGUAUAGCAUCAAGCACGACGAGGAUGGCAACAGCUGUAACGAUAAGCUGGAUUUCCGAACAGGGUCAUAUGAUGUUCUCACCACCGAUGAUGUGCGGAAAGGGGCAACAGUUUACUGGACGUACAGUAUUACAUGGAUAGAGUCUGACAUCAUUUGGGCCACACGCUGGGAUGCAUACCUGCACAGCUCGCUCGCCGAUUCUAGUGCCGCCUUCCACUGGCUCUAUGUCUGCAGCAGCUUGGUGAUCGUGCUUCUGUGUGCCGCCUCCGUCACUACGAUAUUAAUGCGAGCCCUGCACAAGGACUUCAACCGCUAUAAUUCCCCUGAUCCGGAGGAAAACCAAGAGGAAACUGGCUGGAAACUCAUUCACGCGGAUGUGUUUCGCACGCCGUAUAGCGCACCCCUGCUUGCCGCUUUGACAGGCAAUGGCUACCAAGUUCUGGCGAUGUUUGGCGGUGUGCUGGUCUUUGCGUUGCUUGGCUUUCUAUCCCCCGCACGCCGCGGCGCCCUGUUGACUGCCAUUAUUCUCCUCUUUGUGUUCAUGUCCAUCGUGGCGGGGUAUGUGUGUGGGUUUCUGCUCAAGUACUUCAACCGACGUGAGUGGAAGCAUGUGUUCUUCUGCGGCUGUGCCUUCCCAGGCACCAUUUUCGGUAUAUAUACUUUCGCGAAUAUUAUCAACCUGGCCCACGGCUCCACCGACGCUGUGCCUUUUUCACUGUUGGUGCUCAUUCUCUCUCUGUGGCUGCUCAUCAGCUUGCCGCUGACGGUUCUGGGCGCCUCCUUCGCGUUCCGGCAGGAUCCGCCUGAGAACCCGGUGCGUGUGGGUCGCUUGGCACGCGAGAUUCCGCCGCAGUCGUGGAUGAACAGCCCCUCGUUUCUGUAUGUCGUCCCCGCCAUUUUCCCGCUCUGCACAGUCGUUUUAGAGUUUAACUUUGUGUUGCAGGCGUUGUGGGCGGGUCAGGUGUACUACGUCUUUGGCUUUCUUGGGCUGGUGUUUGUCAUUUGGGUCAUCAUUGCGGCGCUCGUGACGGUGUUCCACCUGUACUACGUCCUGUGCUACGAGAACCACCAGUGGUGGUGGAGCAGCUUCAUCAUACCGGGCGGCCUCGGCCUGCACGUCAUGGCGUACUCUGUCUACUUUUACGCGACGCAGCUGGCAAUCAGCUCUGUUGCCUCGUCACUGCUGUACUUUCUGUACAUGGGGCUUCUGUCGUACGCGUAUGGCAUUGCUGCAGGCGCCAUCGGGCUCACAGCUGGUAUCCUGUUCGUGCGAAAGAUUUACGGUAGCAUCAAGGUGGACUAA